GCCUAUUUUGUAUAUACAUUAGUAAUUUCUUCUUUUUUAACUCUUUCUAGUUACUCAUUUGUUGAAUAAAUCGUCUUAAACGUGCUCCCACUAGAGGGGGUAUCAGCAAAACUGCAGUUGCUGGCAACGUCGUCAUCUAUUAGGUUCCCAUUCGCGAACUCCAAAUAAGGUCGAGUGAUAUCGGACGGACAUUAGUCUUUUCCCUCCGAUUUUGUCGCUGUUGACCAUACUAAUAUCUUUUCCCCUCUUUUUUCUUGUUGUUCACACUCUGCCGCUAACACCGCCUCGUCAUCGUCUCACGCUGACGACUGUGUACGACGACAACCGACGAUUGUGGAAUACACGACCACGGUCCACGACGACGACGACAUCCGAUGUGUUCCGGUUUCCUGUUCCGCUCGCGCCACACAAUCUUUCGGCGUUGUGUUCUAUGUUAAUAUUAACAGUGCAAUCUGUUUGCCACCGAUGGUAAACUAAAUAAUAAUAAAACUAUAUUUAUCGAUCUAAUAAAUUAGAAUUGUCGCAAAGUCUAGUUGGCGUUUGGCGGUCUGUCUAAAAAGCCGGCUCUUUUCCUUAGUACCGCGUAUUUAAGUGAUUGCGUGCGUGUUAGUGUCCCUGAGAUAACGCCCAACGAAGAAAACAUUGUCUACAUAUUACAAAUAUAUCAAGAAAAUUAAUUUUUGAUUUGCAUGAGUAACUGAGAUGUCGUUUAAAGUGAGAAGUAGCAAAUUUCGUCACGUUUAUGGUACAGCUUUGAAACGUGAAUAUUGCUAUGACAAUAUUAGAGUAUCAAAAUCUUCAUGGGACUCAACUUUUUGUGCUGUAAACCCAAAGUUUGUUGCUUGCAUUGUGGAAUCUGCUGGUGGUGGAGCUUUUAUUGUUCUACCUUUAAAUAAGACUGGAAGACUAGCAGCUGAUCAACCAGUAGUAGGAGGUCAUAAAGGACCAGUAUUAGAUAUUGCAUGGUGUCCACAUAAUGAUAAUGUAAUUGCUAGUGGUUCUGAAGAUUGUGUUGUGAAGGUUUGGCAAAUUCCAGAUGGAGGAAUUUCACGUACCCUAACUGAGUCUGUUGUGGAUUUAAUAUACCAUCAGCGAAGAGUUGGUUUAGUUUUAUGGCAUCCAACUGCACGAAAUAUUUUAUUAUCAGCGGGAUCUGAUAAUCAAGUAGUCAUUUGGAAUGUUGGAGUUGGAGAGCCUCUCAUUCAUAUUGAUUGCCAUACUGAUAUAGUAUAUAGCGCAUCAUGGAAUUUUGAUGGUUCGCAACUAUUAACUACUUGUAAAGAUAAAAAACUUAGACUGAUAAACCCUAGAAGUGGAGAAGUAGAACAAGAAGUUAUUUGUCAUGAAGGAAGUAAAGCUUCUCGGGGUAUUUUCUUAAAAGGAGGAUUAAUAUUCACUACUGGUUUCAGUAAGCUAUCAGAAAGGCAGUAUUCUCUAAGAUCAUCAGAAAAAUUAGAUGAUCCUAUUGUUAUGGUUGAACUUGACACUAGUAAUGGUGUCAUGUUUCCAUUAUAUGAUUCUGAUACAAAUAUGAUAUAUUUAUGUGGAAAGGGAGACAGUGUGAUAAGAUAUUUUGAAAUCACAGCUGAACACCCAUUUGUGCAUUAUAUUAACACCUUUCAAACACCAGAUCCUCAAAGAGGUAUUGGUAUGAUGCCAAAACGUGGUUGUGAUGUAUCAAUAUGUGAGAUUGCUAAAUUCUAUCGUCUUAACAAUUCUGGACUGUGCCAAGUUAUCAGCAUGACUGUUCCUAGAAAGUCUGAAUUAUUUCAAGAGGAUUUAUAUCCAGAUACAAUUGGAGAUAUUCCAGCCGUUGAAGCAGAAGAUUGGUUCAAUGGUCAAGAUGCUGAUCCAAUAUUGAUAUCACUUAAAGAUUAUCAUCAGCCUACUCGAUUACCCACUGCAUCAGAAAUGAAAGUGGCCAAAAAGCCAAAUAUUUUGGAUAAACCAUCUGCUAAUAAAACUACUCCAAAGGUCAUUUCUAAUAAUUCUCAUGGGGCCACCACAGGAGUAGCUAAACCACAGUUCAAUCAACCUCAACAAUCAAUUCCAGAUGAUAUUGUUAAAGAGUUUAAAGAAGAAAUUCGUAAAUUAAAAGCAAUGAUUGUUAAACAUGAAAAUCGCAUAAGAGCUUUAGAAGCUGCCAGGGCAGAGAUGUCCACAGAAAAAGAUAGGAACUCUGGAGAUGGACCUAUAAAAAACAAUGAUCAUAAUGAUUUUGAGUCCAAAGAAAAUGAUUUAUUAGAUGCAAAUGACGAUGACUAAAUGUAUGGCACAAUAAAUGUUAAAAACAUUUUGUUGGAAGAUUCAAUUGUCAUUUUUGUUCCGUUUACAUAAACUUUACUUAUGACAACUUUUAAUAUAUACAUAUGUUUAUGUGUAAACAUAAUUUUAUUUUUACUAAUUAACAAGCUCAAAGUGGUUUUAAAUCUACUUUUCUCUAGUCUUCAGCGUUGCAUGGUUUUUGUAUAAUUUUUAUUAUUGAUAAUGAUCAAUUAUUAUAUAAGUUCCUCCUUUCCGAUCAGUUUGUUUGCUCUUUUAUAGACCCAAUAUGUUUUUUAUAAACACUAUUUAUUUGCUACACCUUUUUUGUUAAAUAUAUAACAAAAGAUAUUAAUGUUUUACCUAAAUUGUUCUGUGAUUUCUUUACUCAAAAAUAUAAAUUAUUUUUAAAUAAGUUGAUUGGAGGCAUUUAUAAUUAUUCUAUUAAGUUUAAUUUUUACAUUGUUGUAUAAUAUAAUAUUUUUGUAUCAUUUUGUCUAAUUCAAAAGGAAAAAUUAGUUCCUAAAUAAACAAAAUUAUCUUGUCUUCUAAGAAAUAUCAAAGUCUGAUGAAUUGAAUGAAACGUGUGCCUCCAAAAACAUUAAAUUAAAAUAAACUAAAAAUCUCUAGUCUUUUAUUGAAAAUAAUGUAGACAAAUGUAAAAAAAAUAAUUAAUUAAUGUAAUUAUUAUUUUAUAAGUAGCAGUAAUACAAAUAGAUGUAAAUAAAAAUACAUUUAUAAAAGUAUACAACAAUUAUAGUAUGAGGAAAACAAUUUUAAGCUUAUUUAUAUAAUAUUUUGAUGGUAAUGUUUAAUGUAUUGUAAAUACUAUCGCUCUAUAAAAAAUGCUUAUCAUAAGUCAACCAAAUUAAAUUGAAGUCAUAAUUGUAUAAUGCUUCAUAUUAUGAAUGAUUAUUUGAUCUGUUAUGAAUUUCAAAGAAUGAAGUACUUCUGUUUGUAAAUAUAGUUGUAUAACAUAUAGAGAUAAAAAUUAAUUUUGAAAUGAUUAACUUUUCAGUGUUUGAAGUGUUUUUACUGAUUAUAUUUUAAUAAUUUUAUGAACACAUUAUUACUUUGUAAAAACAAUAAAUUAUACUAUAAAGCUUUGUAGAUAUGAUUCUUUUUUAUGCUUGCAAAAUUAUUAAACAAAUAAUUGACUGAAUCCUUUAUAUGAAGACUGUCAUUUGUUUUAAUAAUUUCUUAUACAGUAAACUCCCGAUUAUCCGCGAGCGGAUUAUCCGCGUUGCGGAUUAUCCGCUGUCUUCCACGGAAUCGUCUACAUACCUAUUUGUAAACAAAUAUUUAAUACUAAUACACGUG